AUGCAUAUGCCGAAACAUUCAAGAAUAAAGCCAGUAUAUGACCUGGACUCGUCUGAGGAUGAAGCAUACUAUCAACAGCUGAGUGUUCCAAACCGCUCAAGAAAACACAAGGAUCUUCAUCAAGAGGAUGAUGAGUUGGCCACCAUCUCUUUUGGUACAUUACGUGAUGCCCAAUCAAAAUUACAGAAUGAAAAGGUUAGUCGAAAGAAUGAAAUCGAUUCCGACGGGUUUUUUGAGGAAUCGGAUUCAGAUUCUGGCCCAGAAGAAACCAACACAAACUCUCAUAAAAAGAGAAGCAAACAUGCCCCAGCCGAAGCAUCAAGUAAGAAACCAGUGUCCAGAAUCAGAGACAUUCAGGGUCUACCUUCAAGAAAACUGCAAACUUUACAUACUGAUAUACGAUUUGAUGCCGCUUAUGGAAAAGCAGACAUAACCCAAACUAGAAAGAACUAUGCCUUUUUAGAUGAGUAUCGAAAGCAAGAGAUUCAAAAUAUGGAACAAAUUUUAAAAGACAAGAAAUCAAAGUUGGAUGAGGACCAAAAGGAGGAAAUCAAACUAAAGCUUCAAUCGUUGAAAUCAAGAAUGGACACGUUAAAGAAUCAUGACUUGGAAACACAAAUUUUAAAAGAAUACAAGAAGAAGCAAUAUCUAGAUGUCAAAGAGGGCAAAUCGAGCCAGCCAUACUUUUUAAAGCGUGGUGACAAGAGAAAGAUUCUACAGAAAGCCAAAUACGAUAGCAUGAAACCUAAACAAAGAGAGAAGGCCAUGGAAAGAAAGAGAAAGAAGAGAUUAGGAAAGGAGUUCAGGCAAUUGGAGUUCAGAUCUCGUAAUGUAUAG